UCCACUUCAUUCAUUGCUUUUAUCCAUCGAUUGAGAAAUAGAGCGGAACGGAAAGAUAAUUGAGAAAAAUCUUUAAAAUAAAUCUACGUUUCAUUGGGAGCAGGUGUCCUCUAAUCAACUAGUGGUAUAUAAACACAAGGAUGGAACAGAUUAACCUAAAUAUCGAUAAACCGUGAGAUGACGUUCGAAAAUAAACAUGACUGAUAGGAAGUCUGCCCUGUUUUCCAACGAGAAAAAGAUCAGAUUCACAUCUCAUGCUCGAGUUCUCUAUGCCAACGACAAAGUGGAAGACUUAUACAGAAAUGAAGUGCAGAAUGAUGAAGUGGAGGCCCCCAAGAGGGAGAGAUGUCCCUCGCUGUUCUCAUUCAUGCAAGUUGAAAUAACCAGAGGGUAUGUGCUGGAGCAUGAUGAGGAGAGGUACUCGGCAAGAAGGGAGAAGGUGUAUUCCUUCAUGAAGAUCCCAAGAGAAGUGGAGAAGUUCAUGAGCUACGGUUUCAUGCAGUGCGCUGAUUCCUUCCUGUUUGUCUACACUUUCUUGCCCUUGCGUGUGCUUCUUGCCAUUUGGGCGCUCUUCACCAGACCGUUCGCUAAAUGCUUCGGGCAAGAGAACAGCAACAAAGUCUUGCUCUCACCGGCGGAGAUUUGCGAUCUGCUGAAAGUCGUCAUCCUGAUCACCUGCUGUUUGAUGAUGUUCUACAUCGAUACGAACAUGAUCUACCAUCUGAUCAAGAGCCAAUCCGUCAUAAAGCUGUACAUAUUUUACAAUAUGCUCGAGGUCGGCGAUAGGCUGUUCUCCGCUUUCGGACAAGACACGAUUGACGCCCUCUUCUGGACGGCCACAGAGCCUAGAGGAAGAAGGAGAGAGCAUUUAGGAGUUUUGCCGCAUCUUCUCUUUGCCAUCACUUAUGUCUUUCUUCAUAGCCUUUUAGUUUUAUUUCAAGCCACGACGCUGAACGUGGCGAUAAAUUCCAAUAACAAAGCUCUUCUCACCAUCAUGAUGUCAAAUAAUUUUGUGGAAUUGAAGGGAAGCGUCUUCAAAAAGUUCGACAAGAAUAAUUUGUUUCAAGUAUCGUGCAGUGAUGUAAGAGAACGAUUCCACUUGGCCAUACUGCUCUUUAUAGUUGUGCUUCAGACUAUGAAGGAGUACUCGUGGAAGUCGGAUAGGUUUUGGGUGCUGCUCCCUGACUGCCUUAUCGUGUUAACGGCAGAGAUCUUCGUGGAUUGGAUUAAGCAUGCGUUUAUUACGCGCUUCAACGAUCUUCAGGUGGACGUUUACAAGGAUUACACGACAAGUUUAGCCUACGAUAUGGCGCAGACGAGACAGAAGCACGCCUUCUCCGAUCAUUCGGAUUUGGUCGCACGUCGCAUGGGCUUCAUUCCUCUGCCUCUGGGCGUGAUCAUGAUCAGGGUUUUAGCACAGGCAGUUCACAUCAGCGAUAUUCCUUCUUUGAUCAUCAGCGUGGUGGCUUUCCUCAGUUUAUGGGCGGUGCGAGUUUUGAACAGUGUUCUGAUCUUGGGAGUUGCGUGUCAUCUGAUUGCGCAACACAAGCAGGAGAAGGCUAACACGAAUUCGCCGUCCUCGAAUCGAGCGAACAGUCCUUUGCCCACGUCCAAGUUAACGCACAAGGAUUGGCUUAAAGAUUCUGCGACGAGCCCCACGAAACCUGCUAUGGAUCAAACCGCUCCGAUCGUAACUCAGCCUGUUGUUAAUCUCAAUGGCCUCAACGUCUUCGAUAACCCCAAACUGCUGAAGACUGAAUCGCUGGAAGCGCCGCUGGAGAAGCUCAACAUUGAGUUAGGAUCAGCGGCGAUUUUCGCCAACAGCACUGUAGAUUUGAAGAACGUCACGCUGAACGAGGAGCUGCUGAAGGUGGAGGGUGAAGAGAUCAUCGUUGAAGCAGAGAAUCUGUCGAAGAGCGAUCCGAGCAUCAACUGUGAUAUCGAGGCGAUCAAGCAGGAGUCCGGUACGGUGGAAGUUAUGGAAAAGAUCAUCAAGAAGAGGGCCGAAUCGGAGCCGAAUCUGAUUAACUGCAACGACGAGGACGAAUGAUUUGACGAGGCGCGCUCCUGCUGGGACUUCUUCAAGCAGAUCUGCUGCGAUUUCUUUUAACAGACACUUUGAUUAUCAUUAUUAUUAUUAUUACAACGUAACGAUGCUUAAUCUUAAUUUUUAUUUUAUCCAAAUUUUUUUUUUGUUCGUAUUUCUUGGCCAAAGCGGGGAUUUGUAGUAUUUUUUUGUUGUAAAAUACGAACGCGGUGUUUUCCUUAAU